GAAAUCACAGGCCAGCUUUCCAAAGUCAACCUGGACACCCCCCACCCGGGCUUCAACAUGAGCCUCCUGAAGUUCAAGUCCCCGGCACCCAAGGCCACCUACAGCAACGACCUCAUGCUGCUGUGCCUCUCCAGCCCGAUGCGGAUCACAGCGGCCGUGCAGACCAUUGCCCUGCCCUCCGAGGACCCUGAAGUGGGGAGCACCUCUCCCUCGGGCUGGGGUGGCACCGAUCCAGAAGCCAGUGAGCGUGAGACCAAGGGUGCUGAGUGGAGGCUGAACUCCUGGAUGAGGAACAAGCCGGGUCCGCACAGCCCUGCCUCUCCCUGGCUUGUAGAAAAGUACCCCGAUGAACUGCGCUGUGUGGACCUCAGGGUCUUUGCCAAUGACGUGUGCGCCAUGGCCUACCCCCAGAAGAUCACCGCUACCAUGCUGUGUGCUGGGCAGCUGGAUGGCACCAGGGACACCUGUGCGACGUCGCCCUCACCCCCACCUCAGGGUCUCAACUCUCUCCAGGCACCCCCAAAGUCUCACCCCUCCACACCCUAA